AUGCGGAGAAAAGGAAACCAUAUCAAAAUUCUUUGGGUCCCCGCCAGCGAAGACAACAAACUGCUGGGCCUGGCUAAGGAGCAGACCAAGGCCGCGACCCACGAGGACGCUAUCCCACAAGCACAGGUCUCGAGAAUGAAGUCAACAACCUUGAGUCUCGAACAAUCCCAAGCAGUCACCACGAAAGCCUUGCCAGAGGACGUAGAAAGACACAUCAAACGAGUAGAUGCAGCAUUUCCAGGAAAGCACACCCGACAGCUCAGCAACAGCACCAACACCAACAGCACAACCACCAACAGCACAACCACCAACAGCACAACCACCACUACCAACAAACCUUCUUGGACGCCCUCAUCGAGCCCAACCUCUUCUCCCCGGACCAACCAAACCCCCCGUACAUGCGCCAGCACCCUCACUAGCACCUCGCACCAAAAGACCCCCCUCCUCGACGGUAGCACUAUCCCCCCCGCCUCCCACCACCCCUUCGCCGCAAGCCCUCCUUCCUACCCCGUGCCCAUGCACGAGCUCACCUCGCGCGGCACCAUCAGCGACUACUCACAGCGCAGCUACGGCAGCAUCAGCAGCGCCAGCUCCGCCGACAGUGCGGGAAGCUACAGCCACGCGACCCGGCGGCCGAGCGACUUGUUGGCCCAGCAUCCGUGCAGUUAUCCUCCCGACCGCGAAACAGUCGAACAGCAGAAGCGCGAGCGGUUCCUGGAGCGCAGCCGGGUCGCGGCUAACAAGUGCCGGCGCAAGAAGAAGAAGCAUAUGCGCCAACUCAAAAGCAAAUGUAUGGAUGUGACGCAGGCCAACACGCGGCUGGAGAGCGAGGUCAGCCAGCUGCGCAGCCAGAUUCUGGAGCUGAAGAACGAGCUCCUGCAGCAUUCUGGUCUGUCGACGCCCAGUGCGUCUGUGGUGUCUACGGGGGCUAGCGAGUCGGAUAUGGUGCUUUCGGGCGGGGUGUCGCGGCGGGCGGAGUCGGUGGCGUCGCUGUGGGAGGCAAACAGUGAAAAAGUGGAGGAGGCUGCGUUUGGGUUUAAGGAUAUGGUUGUGCUGCCUGCUGCUGCUGCGGGUGGCUCGAAGGUGGGAGAGGGGAAGCAGGAGGAUGCAGAUGCAGAUGCAGAUGCAGAGCCGGUGAAGAUGACGGAGGGUCCGUGAUGGUGUGCGGUAUUCCACACAUUAUGCACGGCUUGUAUACGAUGUUUUGACGAUACUUGUUUACUUCUGUCUGGUUUAUUCUUAUUAUCGGAUUGCGCAUUACUUUCGUCUACUUUGAAUGUUCUCUGGGCAGUAUGGGGCCUUUCCUCGGUGUUAUGACUAGGACAGCGACGGGAGGAUUUUGAUUCUACAUCUGGCGUUGUUAUCCCACCCAUGCAAGCGAACGGAAGAUUCUGAUUGUGAUUUUGAUUUGGCGUGUAUAUUCCAAAGAAC